CGCGCGACACACGGAGAGCGCGUAGAGCCGCGCGCGAACGCCACGAGCACGACGCCCUCCGGAGAGAAACAAGCAGAAGAGAAGGACGCUACUCUUGUUGUUAUUGAUUUCGCUGUUGUCGCCGCACCGCGCGCCCUCUUGACGUUCCUCGCGCGAUGGACGUGACGGCGACGAUGGAAAUAAGCGCGAGCCAGCAGCAGCAUCACCAACACCACCAUCACCCUCCUCCUGCUCAUCAGCAGCAGCUCGCGCCGCCCGCGUGCUUCUUUGCCGUGCAGGCGGGCACGAGCGGUGCGCCCGCGGCGACGGCUGGUGCCCACGCCAAGCGGGCGCGCGCCUCCUCGCCCGAGCUGCUGCGCUGCAAGCGGCGCCUGAGCUUCGCGGGCUUCGGCUACAGCCCGCCGCAGCAGCAGCCGCACGCCGUGGCGCGGCGCAACGAGCGCGAGCGCAACCGAGUCAAGCUGGUGAACAGCGGCUUUGCCACGCUGCGCGAGCACGUGCCGCACGGCGCCGCCAACAAGAAGAUGAGCAAGGUGGAGACGCUGCGCUCGGCCGUCGAGUACAUCCGCGCGCUGCAGCAGCUGCUCGACGAGCACGACGCCGUCAGCGCGGCUUUCCGCUCGGGCGCGCUGGCGCACGGCCACGCCGCCGACCUCAACUCCAUGGCCGGCUCGCCGGUGUCCUCCUACUCGUCGGACGAGGGCUCGUGCGACCCGCUCAGCCCCGAGGAGCAGGAGCUCUUGGACUUCGCCAGCUGGUUCUGA